AUGGAAACCUAUCGAUUUAUGAAACAUAUUUAUGACCACGUAAGCAAGAUGCCUGGACCAAAGUCGCUUCCGAUUUUUGGUAACUGCCUGAGUUUGAGCGGCAAUGAAGUUGAGUUUACGUACCAAAUGGAAUAUUAUUUCCGUAAAUAUGCCUAUAAAACUGAAUGCGGUCUGGUACGAUUUUGGAUUGGACCUUUUCCUCUUGUUUUCCUUACUCGACCACUAAGUGUUAAAGCUAUACUAGAAAAUCCAAAUUUGAACGAAAAGCCAAAUGAAUAUGAAUUUCUCAAGGGUAUGUGGGGAGACGGGUUGAUAACGAGUUCUGGUCAAAAAUGGCAUACUAGAAGAAAGAUGCUUACUCCUGCUUUCCAUCCAACCGUUAUUCAAAAUUAUAACAAAAGUUUUAAUAAACACGCAAAAGUUUUAAUGGGAUUACUAGACGAAUAUGCGGACAAAGGUGAAACUUUUGAUCUGCUUCCAUAUUUAAGGCGCUAUUCUCUGGACAUUAUGGCAGAUUGUUUUAUAGAUAUUUACAAAGUUUACAUCGUGUUCAUCGUUUUAAUUGUAGAUACAACGUUAGGAGUUCAAAUUAAUGCUCAGAAAGGUGAAAACUUGGAGUACUAUGAAGGAGUAACACGAACAUUUGAGUUAGUUUUCAAAACUUUACGCUAUCCAUGGUUAAGAAUCAAGCCAAUUGCGAAUUUGCUUGGACACACUCAAAGACUGGAGAAGUAUUCAGCAAUCACAAGACAGUUGCCAAGAAAGGUUGUGAUAGAACGAAAAAAAGAAUACGACAGUAUGAAAGAAAAACCCACAUUUGAAGAAGUUUCGUCUGGCAAAAGAAGUAGAAAGUCGUUUUUGGAUUUGCUGCUGAGUUUACAAGAGGAAUACAAUUUGACUGUUGACGACAUCUGUGAAGAAGUUGAAACUAUUUUUGUCGCUGCUCAUGAUAACGUGUCAAGCAGUAUUGGAUUUGCUCUGAGUAUUCUGGGAAAUAAACCAGAAGUUCAGAACAAAAUUUAUGAGGAGCUGCAUAGCGUACUCGGCGAUGAAGAAAGGGAAAUCACCUCAGAUGACCUCGCAAACCUAGUCUAUUUAGAUCGAUGUAUGAAGGAGAUGAUGAGACUUUACAUGCCGGUUGUGAUUAUUGCAAGGCGCGUUACUGAAGACGUCAAGAUCGGAGAAUACACAAUACCCGCUGGUGUAACGGCGUGCAUUUCACCGUUUAGUGUAGCGAGGGACCCGAAGGAGUGGGAAAAUCCAGAUGCGUAUAACCCGGAUAACUUUUCACCAGAGAAUGUUGCCAAACGUGAUCCCUUUGCAUAUAUACCGUUUUCAGCAGGAAUUCGCAACUGUCUUGGAAAACAGUUUGCUUUAACCGAGGAAAAAAUGGCGCUAGCACAUCUGUUGCAUCGUUAUGAGUUCCAUUCAUUGCUCACGGAGGAACAAAAUAGAGCGUUACCAGAAAUUACACUAAAACCAAGCCGAGGAUUUCCAAUGCGAAUAACUAGGAGAAAGAAGACGAAUUAG